CGUCGCCGUCAGCUGUUCUCACUUCGUCGGGGGAAGUGGUUGUCGCGCGCUUAGCCGCAGAAAGGAGGAGAGCGGAGAAACCAGUUUAACCGAGAGAGACUGACACAGUCACAGAUCCAGAGAGGGAGUGAGAGAGAUUCAGGAAGCAAGAGAAGUUAUGAAACCCUAGAUUCUCUCUGUGCUUGUGGUUUUUGAAAAUGGUGGGAACGUCACUGGCUGGAGUGCAAGAUCACUUGAAAUUGGCAAGGGAGUACGCUCUUGAAGGUCUCUACGACACUGCGGUUAUUUUCUUCGAUGGCGCCAUUGCUCAGAUCAACAAGCACCUAAACACACUUGAUGACCCAUUAGUCCGCACGAAAUGGAUGAAUGUCAAGAAGGCUGUUUCAGAGGAGGCAGAAGUUGUGAAGCAGUUGGAUGUGGAGAGAAGGUCAUUUAAGGAAGCCCCUGCUGCACGCCGUGCUGCUUCCCCACCAAUUAAUACUAAAUCAUCAUUUGUGUUCCAACCUUUGGAUGAGUAUCCAACCUCUUCUGGUGCUGGUGCUUCUAUGGACGAUCCUGAUGUGUGGAGGCCACCAAGUCGAGACAAUUCAACUAGGAGACCCGGAAGGCCUGGCCAAGCGGGGACGAGGAAAUCACCUCAAGACGGAGCUUGGGCACGUGGUGGUUCAACUAGAACAGGACCAGCUGGUCGUGGUGGAAAGACUACAGCUUCAAGCAAGGUGAAUACAGGUGUACGCGCAUCAACGGCUGGAAAGAAGGGCACUGCAGCACCUGGAAAGUCUGGCAAGGCAGAUUCAGCUGUUUACGAGUGGUUUAUUCAAGAUGUUGAAUGUUUGAGAUAUUGAGGAUGUUGAAGAUGGAAAAUCUAAGAAGGGCCAAUACGAAGGGCCAGAUGGCGACUUGGCUGCAAUGCUCGAAAGGGAUGUCUUAGAAACAACCCCUGGGGUGAGAUGGGAUGAUGUUGCUGGACUUAGUGAAGCAAAAAGACUUCUGGAAGAAGCUGUGGUCCUUCCUUUAUGGAUGCCUGAAUAUUUCCAGGGCAUACGAAGACCAUGGAAAGGUGUCCUUAUGUUUGGACCUCCUGGUACUGGAAAGACUUUACUCGCCAAAGCUGUUGCUACUGAGUGUGGUACAACAUUUUUUAAUGUUUCAUCUGCUACCUUGGCUUCUAAAUGGCGUGGUGAGAGUGAGCGUAUGGUUCGAUGCUUGUUUGACCUUGCACGUGCAUAUGCACCAAGCACCAUCUUUAUUGAUGAGAUUGAUUCUUUGUGCAAUGCCAGAGGUGCUUCAGGGGAGCAUGAGUCAUCAAGAAGAGUAAAGUCUGAACUUCUCGUUCAAGUUGAUGGUGUAAGCAAUAGCGCCACAAAUGAAGAUGGAACCAAGAAACUAGUGAUGGUCCUGGCAGCUACUAAUUUUCCAUGGGACAUAGAUGAAGCUUUGAGGAGGAGACUGGAAAAGAGAAUUUAUAUUCCACUUCCAAACUUCGAAAGUCGCAAGGAGCUUAUUAAGAUAAAUUUAAAAACUGUGGAGGUGUCAGUGGAUGUAGAUAUCGAUGAUGUGGCUCGGCGGACAGAGGGGUACAGUGGAGAUGAUCUUACAAAUGUGUGCAGGGAUGCAUCUUUGAACGGGAUGAGGCGCAAGAUAGCAGGGAAGACACGAGACGAGAUCAAGAACAUGUCCAAGGACGAGAUUUCCAAUGAUCCUGUAGCCAUGUGUGAUUUUGAGGAGGCAAUUAAAAAGGUUCAACCUAGUGUUUCCCAAGCCGAUAUAGAAAGGCACGAGAAGUGGUUUGCUGAAUUUGGAUCGGCAUAAUGGAGGAGGUACAGUAACGGAGCUGGUUUAAUUCCGAUCGUAUGUGUACCCUAUCAUCGUCCUCUCAUUUGGUCUUCUGGUUUUCUUGGGCUGCUCUUCCUCGUUUAUUGUAAUUCUAUUGUGUAAUCUUUAUUCGUCCUUGCGCUAUUUCUCACUGUGUGAACUCGCUUCCCUGCAAAUGUAAUUGAGUUGCUUAUGGGAACACGGUCUCUCAGCCGUGUGAACUUAGCGACCUGAUGGAGUGAAGUACGAUUUCAAGGUGGUAAGACACUGGUUUUGUUUCAUAAUAUGUUUUACACACAACUCUUUGUACUUUUAGGUAGAAGUUGUGGAGUGUAGGCAAAAUGCCACUUGGUUAUCAAAUCGCUGACUUUCGUGAAAAGUGAUCAGAUUUGGUCGAAAUCUCAUUGUUAAGACUAAGACCUAUUGUUUUGGUCCUUUUGGAUUGAGAUUAUGAUUGAUAUUAGAGUUUUAUUUAGUAUUUGG